UCACCUGAUUCCCUUUCUGUAAAAAUGAGGGCGAUGGGCUGUGUAAUCUCUAAAGGACCUUCUAACUCUUUAAAAUUAUGUGAUUCACUAUCACCGUGCCAGUGUUACUAACACCCAUUCUGUAUGCUUGAUAGCAGUUUUUAAUUUUUAGGGUUAGGACAGCUGAACAUAAUGAAUAGAAUUAUACUUUAUUACCAAAAGGACUUCGUGUGCCUCUUAGAAUCUUGGUUCCAGUCUUUGGUCAGGUAGCUCCAGGAAAUCACUUCACCUCUUUGCCUCAGACCCUCCUCUGUGAACUACGAAUGAUAGCAAUGUCUCCCUAAUGUUAGGGCAGUUGAGCGGAUAAGGUCAUCAGGUGUUUAGCACAGUGAAGCAUUUGCUACGUGAUGGCAUUUAUUAUGGUUAAAGGGUUUUACCACCAGAACAGUGGUACAUAGUUUGCUUUAUUUGUUAAAACAAUGUAGAAUAUUGCCUGCUUGUUCCAUCACAGAUGAAAAAAAGAGAUGGUUAUUCAACUUUGUGAGGUAAUUGUGGAUUCCCAUGCAAUUGUAAGAAUAGAGAUUCUGUGUACCCUUUACCCAGUCUUCCCAGUGGUAGCAUCUUGCAAAACUAGUACCAUAUCACAACCAGGUAAUUGACAUUCACACAAUCCAUUGAUCUCAUUCAGAUUCCUCAUUUUGUAUUAGUGUUCUCUGUGUAUAUUUAGUUCUAUAUGGUUAUCAGGUGUGUAGAUUCUUGUAUCCACCACCACAGUCAAGGUACAGCCCAGAUACAUCACCACAAGGGUCCCUCCAGUUGCCCUUUUAUAACCACAACUUACCUUUGCAGCCCCACCCAAUCUAUUCUCUGUUUCUAAAAUUUUGUUAUAUCAAGAAUGUUAUGUAAAUGUAAUUAUUGUAAUUAUAGAGUAUGUAACUUUUACUGACUCUUUUUCAUUCAGCAUAAUCCCUUGAGAUACAUCCAAACUGUUACAUGUAUCAGUAGUUCCUUCCUUUUUAUUACUGAGUGGCAUUCCAUAAUGUAGAUAUACUGCAGUAUUGAUAUGGUUUGGCUAUGUCCCCACCCAAAUCUCAUCUUGAAUUGUAACUCACAAUUCCCAUGUGUUGCGGGAGGAACUGGGUGGGAGGUGAUUGAAUUAUGGAGGCAGGUCCUUCCUGUGCUGUUCUCCAGAUAGUGAAUGAGCCUCACAAGAUCUGAUGGUUUUAAAAACGGGAGGUUUCCCUGCACAAGUUCUUUCUUUGCAUGCUGCCAUCCAUGUAAGAUGUGACUUGCUCCUCCUUGCCUUCCACCAUGAUUGUGAGGCCUCCCCAGCCAUGUGGAACUGAUAAGUGCCCAAGAGUACAAUUGCUGGGUCAUAUGAUCAAAUGAUGCUGUUUGGAAAAAUUUCCCAGCAGUUGUGUGGCGUAAAGAAACUCUCAUGGUCAUGUGACUCCAGAUACUUCUGGGGCUGGUUGAAUGCAGUGUUUAAUAAGGUGGAUUAUGAUCGCAUCAGGGAUGUUGGCCCUGACAGGGCGGCAUCCGAGUGGUUGCUGCGCUGUGGGGCCAUGGUGCGCUACCAUGGCCAGGAGAGGUGGCAGAAGGACUACAACCACCUUCCAACAGGCCCUCUGGACAAAUACAAGAUUCAGGCGAUCGACGCCACCGACUCUUGUAUCAUGAGAAUUGGAUUUGACCACAUGGAGGGCCUAGAGCAUGUUGAAAAAAUAAGGCUGUGCAAGUGUCAUUAUAUCGAGGAUGACUGUUUGCUGAGACUUAGUCAACUUGAAAAUUUACAAAAAACCAUAUUGGAAAUGGAAAUAAUAUCCUGUGGGAAUAUCACAGACAAAGGCAUCAUUGCUUUGCGUCAUUUAAGAAACCUCAAAUAUUUGUUGUUAAGUGAUCUUCCUGGAGUAAGAGAAAAAGAAAAUCUUGUCCAAGCCUUUAAGACAGCACUGCCUUCUCUGGAACUAAAAUUACAAUUGAAGUAAAAUAAUGUGUCUUAUUUCAGUAUAAAGGAUCAUUUGAAACUAUUGAUUCUAAACAUCAACUAAUAUUAUAUAGUCAUCAGUAGAAUUAUAAGGAUGCCAUAUCAUGACAUUUUAGAGGUGGAGAGUGCAUCAUAUGUAGAAAAUAAAUAUUCAGACGUGACUCACUAAUGUUACUAAGUUGGAAGUGAGAAUUUAUGUACAUUAAUUCAUUUUAAGAACAGUGCAGCCGGGCGCGGUGGCUCAUGCCUGUAAUCCUAGCACUUUGGGAGGCCAAAGCAGGCAGAUCACCUGAGGUCAGGAGUUCGAGACCAACCAUGGCCAACAUGGUGAAACCCCAUCUCUACUAAAAAACAAAAUUAGCUGGAUGUGGUGCACGCCUUUAAUCCCAGCUACUCUGGAGGCUGAGGCAGGAGAAUCACUUGACUUGGGAGGUGGAGGUUGCAGGGACCCGAGAUUGUGCCACUGCACUUCAGCCUGGGUGACAGAGUGAGACUGUCUCAAAAAAAAAAAAAAAAAGAAAGAAAAAGAAAAAUGUAAACUAGGUAACAUUUUAAUUCUAAUAUAGUCAUUUAAUAUGUAAAUCUGUAGAUAUCUCUUGAUGUGGAUAUUUAGAAUCCUUUAAAGUUAUUUGUACAACAGAUGUUUUUAUUAUAACAGUAAUUUACAUUUAACUUUAAAGUUAGUGAAGCAUACUACCAUAAAUGCACAAUUAUGAAAAAUUAGAAGCUAAAUUACAGAUUCAUUGUUGGAGUCAAUUAUGCAAAGUGGUCACUGGUUGUUGAAGCAUGCAUUGCUUCAACAGGAUUUGCGUGCAUUUCCCAUGAUCCUGCAUUCUUGUGUUCUUGAUAGCAUACAGGCUUUCUCAGAAUCAACAGUUGCUGCUUAAUUUGUCUAUUUUGUAAGCUUAGGCUACUAUUUUAUUAAGACUGGACAUAGAUACUUGGCUGAAUACAAAUAGUUUUGCAGAUUGCAAUAUAAUAAAGGAAACAAUAAAAACCA